UCAAAGAUAGGCGACCACAGUACAGAGCUGGGGGCUCCGAGGAUAGAGCUCAACAACUAAUAGCUGCAUAGUUUUACAGUUUUUUUAUGAAAAACUUCCACGAGGCUCCAGAUAUCAUAAGCCUGUAUAAAGUAGAAAGGAUGUGUUGGCUGUAGAUCCUCUGAGGUUUUGACGGUCCCCUUGUGAGAAGAACUCAGGAUGCCUUACCACUGUGUGGCUUACGGAUGUGGCAAAACUGCAGAAGAUGGUGUGACGCUGUUUAAAUUCCCCAAGGACGCUGACGAGUUUCGCAAAUGGGAGAAGCAGGUCCAGCGCACACGCAGCCAGUGGGUGGCCACGCCCAACUCUCACCUCUGCAGCGAGCAUUUUGGUUGGGAGUACUUUGAUCCCAGAUCACCUUCUGGGGCCCUGAAGCUGAAGCUGGGAGCUGCUCCGACGGUGUUCGUCCGUCCUCACUGCUCCUCCUGUAGCGGCGCGGGCUGCAGUAGCUGCCUGCCUGCUAUCCAACGAAGGGGCAUCACAGCUGAGCCAAGAGAGCGGACUGCAGAAUGCAAUGCAAUGGCACCCAUUGAGCUUGAAAAUGCUGAUGGAGGAGGUGAUGAAGAAUAUCUGACACGAGUAGUAAUAAAGUCAGCGUCAGAACGAUCAGUGGUGUGUGAGAUGUGUGGCACCAGCGGACCUGCUGGCUCCUUCUUUUCAAAGACCAAGCGUUUCUGCAGUAUUUCCUGUUCACGUUCCUAUUCAUCAAACUCCAAGAAGACCUCCAUACUGGCACGACUGCAGGGAAGGCCUCCCUCAAAAAAAGCCACAGUGCUGAACAAGAUGAACAAAGCUCCUCCACCCCCAGCAGCCGUCAAUGGUUUUGCUUGGGGCCUCUACUUGGAUAAAGGAACAUCUCCGGCUGCCUCCGUGUCCUGCUUCAGACAUGCCCCGCUGUGUGCCCAGUGGGAGGACGUCACUGAGGGGAUGAGAGUGGAGGUCCUGAACACAAACGCAGUCCUGCCCAGUAAAGUCUACUGGAUCGCCUCGGUCAUCCAGGUCGCAGGAUACAACGCCCUGUUGAGAUAUGAAGGCUUUGAACACGACAGCAGCUACGAUUUCUGGUGCAGCCUGGUUUCAGGAGCGCUGACCCCGAUUGGAUGGUGCGCCAUGACGAGCAAACUGCUGGUGCCACCACAAGAUGUGAAGCAGAACAUCCCAGACUGGAAAGAAUAUCUGAUGGAAAAGCUGGUGGGGGCCAACACGCUACCUGUCGACUUCUACCUGAAGCUGGCAGAGAGCCUGAGGACCUCUUUCAGAAUCGGUAUGCGUGUUGAGGUGGUGGACCCCAAACACGUGAGUCGGACCCGUGUGGCCGUUAUCGACUCCAUCAUCGGGGGCCGUCUGCGGCUGGUGUACUCGGACCAAAGCGACGCCCCUGAAAACACCAUACUGGAUUUCUGGUGCCACUUGCUGAGUCCCCUAUUGCACCCGAUAGGCUGGUCCAGCAGAGUGGGUCAUGAUAUUAAACCACCUGCCACCAGUGUGGAACCUGCUUUGAGGGGAAAUGCUGAUGCUUCAUUCCUGCUCUUUAAAAAGCCCAGGUUUGUUUACAUGGACGGAGGUUUCUUUGAAGAAGGAAUGAAGCUGGAGGCCAUCGACCCUCUCAACCUGGGGAGCAUCUGUGUGGCCACUAUACACAAGGUGCUCCUCGAUGGAUACCUGAUGGUUGGUAUCGAUGGAGCCGUGUCAAAUAACGGCUCUGACUGGUUUUGUUACCACGCAUCAUCUCAUGCCAUCCUCCCUAUAAACUUCUGCAGAAAGAACAACAUCACUCUCACAGUACCUCAAGGUUAUGACUCUCAGACCUUCAGCUGGGACAAAUAUGUGAAGGACACCAAAUCUAAAGCUGCACCUGCACGACUCUUCAACGCUGACUACCCGGGUCAUGGCUUCUCCCCCAACAUGAAGCUGGAGGCGGUGGACUUGAUGGAGCCUCGUCUGGUCUGUGUUGCCACGGUGAAGCGCUGCGUGGGCCGCCUGCUGCUGAUCCACUUUGACGGCUGGGAGGAUGAGUUCGACCAGUGGGUGGACCACCAGUCACCAGACAUCUACCCAGUGGGCUGGUGUGACCUCAUGGGCUACCAGCUGCAGCCGCCUCCAGGACUCGUUGAUUUAAUGGAAAACCAGGCGACGAUCAACAAGAAACAGAAGCACUUAACGCCUGGGAGAAGAAGAAAGAAGAAUGCAAAGAAGAGGCUCUCUCAGGAGCAGGAUAAAGAUGAAGCUGAGCAGCAGCAGGAGGUCAUCAGCACCGACGGCCCACCGAGGACGGAGGCUCUCCGUCCUGAUGCAGCAGUGACCGUCAUCCAGCCCAAAACAGAGCCAGAGGAGAACGAGGUCUUUCCAGUGCAGGUGAAAGUGGAGGAGGUGGAGAUGGAGACCCCCAUCGAUCCUCAACGAGUUCCUCUGGUUCUGAUCAAGAAGGAGGACGGGUCUAGAUGGCAUCAGUCACUGGAGCAGAGUAAAGCUGCAGGAGGAAGGAGUCAGGAGUGUGAACCACUGGAUGAGAGCUUUAGUGGUGAAAGCAACAUGGAGGAGAGUGAAAACCAGAUGGAGCAAGAAGAGUGGAGCCAAGGAGACGACAGCGUCAUGGAGGAGGUUUCAGAGAGCAACACAGAGCUGGACACGACAGGAGAAGGAGACGCUGCAGGGAUGGAGACGUGAGAGGAGUUUACAGUGCUGAAAGGAUGAAGAGGAAGAGGAGGAUGAGUGAUGAAGAUGUAACUGAAGGAGAAACAAUUAAAAAAAAAGACAAACUGCCUGGAAUAUUUAGAGGAAAUAAGAAAGGUACAACAUCAGUAGAGGGAUCCAGUGAAAUGUUUAAUCUCUGGUGGUUUAAAGUCCUGAUCCUUAACAUUUUUCUGUUAACCCUUAAUAGGACACUCAUUGAAAUACUUGCAAAUUCCAAAUUUCAACCCGAGAGAAUAUUGGAGGAUAUUUACAUACUGCCAGAAUGUGUAAAAAAUGUGUAAAAGACAUACGAAAAUAAUAUUUUGAGAAAAAAGUUUACGAGAUU